AUGGCUAAUACUGGAUUGUUGAUAUGUUCGAACCCAUUUCGUUUGCUUCGCAUAUUUCCACAAAUACAACGCGAUGUACAAAGUACGCUUUACGUCCAUUUCUUUCCACUUCCAAUGCCGGAUAAGAAAACUGUACGACAUCGAUUCAUGAUGAUAGAUGCUUACAAAAAUCUAAGUCCCAUGAACGUGGAUGUUCGCAUCCUUUUAUGUGGUCUCAAGGGCACACCAAACUCACAGAUCACUACCAAACGACCAGUAGAUGUGAUUUUUUAUGACGACCAUAUAAAGUCUGAACAACUUCAUCAUGUGAUGUCGUCAUUAAGUAACAAGUCUCCUAAUUGCAAGACUGUAUUUGUACAACCAAAUGAAGCUUAUAGUCCAAAUGAUACAAAGGAAAAUAACCAAUACGAUGAAAUGGAAACUGAACUGUAUGAGAGUGUGGUUUUAGGUGGAACUUUUGAUAGACUACACAAAGGCCAUAAAAUAUUAUUAAGUACAGCUGCUCUGAAAUGCACUAAAAAAUUAACAGUGGGCGUAACCGACAUUUCCAUGUUAGAUGAUACCAAAAAAUUAAAGGAACUUAUUGAACCUUGUAAUACUCGAAUAAGAAAUGUUGAAGGAUUUUUAAAAGAUAUUGAUCCAACAUUAGAAUAUGAAGUAUUGCCUAUUUAUGAUAUUUAUGGUCCAACAAUUCAUGAUCGUACAUUUCAGAUGAUUAUUUUAAGUGAAGAAACUGUGAAAGGUGGAGAGUUAAUUAACGAGAAAAGAAUUCAAAACAAAUUAGAACCCCUCGAUAUAAUACCUGUGCCAUUAUUAGAGGAAGAUAAAUCAACAAGUGAUUGUUGCGAAGAAGAAGAACAAAAAAUAAGUUCAAGCAAUUAUCGCAUGCGAUUGUUAGGUACACUCUUAAAACCACCACAACCAAAUCCUAAUAUACCCUCAUGUCCAUAUAUUAUUGGAUUAACUGGUGGAAUUGCAAGUGGUAAAUCAUCUAUUGCUAAUUAUUUAAAAGAUCUAGGAGCUUUUGUAAUUAACGCUGAUACUGUGGCACAUAGACUUUAUGAUAUAAAUCAGCCUGCAUAUCAAGAAGUCAUUGAUGUGUUUGGUCCUAGCAUACUGACUACAAAUAACGAAGUAGACAGAAAAAAAUUAGGUGACAUAGUUUUUAAUGACAAGGCUAAACUGGAACAAUUAAAUACAAUAAUUUGGCCUUUAAUUUUGCAAAGAAUAAAAUCAAUAGUCCAAUCAACCAAAGGUCAUAAUAUAGUUGUAUUAGAAGCAGCUGUUCUUUUAAGGGCAAAUUGGCAAUACCAUUGUCAUGAAAUAUGGGUUUCAAUUAUUCCAAAAAAAGAAGCUAAUACAAGACUUCAAAAGCGCAAUAAUUUGAGUGAAAAACAAGCGGAAGAACGAAUUAAAUCUCAACCAUCAAAUGACGAAUAUGUUAAAAAUGCAAAUGUUUUAUUUUCGACAUUGUGGAGCUGUAAUUUUACUCAUAUUCAAGUUAAAAGAGCAUGGAAUAGCCUUUUAAAUAGAAUUUCUAGUAAUCACUGA